UAUUUCGCAUCCCCUGAGACCCAGUCAAACUCCAGUCAAUGUUUUUUUUUAUUUUACCAUCUAGAUCCCAUUCUUUUAUUCCACAUUAUCGCCAGUUAGUUUUCUAUUUGAUAGGGCAGCAUUUUCACAGUCGACUUUCUCCCGUCCCCUUCUAAACUCGCAACUGUGCGGGGACCUUUAUUAAAUCUGCGAUUUACAAGUGUUUCUGUGUUUUGGGUGCUGCCUUGACCUUAAUUCUGCGAUUUAAAAGUGUUUCAAUGCUUUGGGUGCUGCCUUGAUUUAUAGGGGUUAGGUGUCGCCUGCCUUCCGCGGUUAAUUUGUUACCGCCUGGAUCUCGCAGUGUAAUCUCGGUACCGCUUUGCGAUCUCAGGGCUUCUGCCCGCUAAUUUGCUAAAUGCGAACUGAAUAGACCAUUUAAAAGAAGAGGAACGGAGGUAUGAAACCGCACUGCCCCCCGCUCCGCAUUCCGAACCCGACACUACAGACACAAACAUUCUCAAUGUUGGAGCAGCAUCAUUAACGAGGGAGUUGGACCGUGAGGCUGUUUGUAAACAAGCCUCACAUGAAUGCCUCUUUAAGGAUUGGCGUUGGUGAGUACUGCGUAAUCGAAUCUGCCCCCUUCGGAAUUGCUGAUUUGUUGUCCUGGGAGGGGAUCCACGGGUGGGGGCGGAACCUGGGGUAUAUCAACUCUCACAGCAAGCCCAAAAGCGCGGCGAUUUUUUGAGAGACUUCGCGAUGGCUGACUGUCUGAUUGAGAUGGAGAACGGCAGUGACCUGGUGGACGGUCUCUGCGCGAACGAGAGUGAGAUGUGCAAUUACACCGAUUGGGAGCACUCUUCCUCGGUGGUCCCGGUGCUCUACAUGCUGGUUUUUGUCUUCGGACUGUCGGGAAAUGGAGUGGUCAUCUGCACAGUGUGGCGAUCUCGCACCAAGAGGAGAUCGGCUGACACCUACAUCGGGAACCUGGCGCUGGCGGACUUGGCGUUUGUGGUGACCCUACCUCUGUGGGCUGUGUACGCCGCUCUAGACUAUCACUGGCCCUUCGGCUGGUUGCUCUGUAAAGUCAGCAGCUACAUUGUGAUGAUCAACAUGUAUGCCAGCGUCUUCUGCCUGACCUGUCUCAGCUUUGACCGGUACCUGGCCAUCGUGCACUCCCUGUCCAGCAACAAGUUGCGUUCCAGCCGCACUACACUGCUCUCCUUGGCUGUCAUCUGGUUCUUGGCCGGGCUGCUGGCUCUCCCUGCCUUACUCCUGCGGAAAACAGAGGAAAAGGAGAACAUAACCGUGUGCGCCAUGGACUACACCUGGGUGGCGAGCGAAGACACCGAACAUUUUUGGAUCGGGGGACUCAGCAUCUUCGCCAGCUCCUUGGGCUUCAUCGUACCUUUCCUACUGAUGUCCACCUUCUACUGCGCCAUCGCCAACACCGUCACCAGGCACUUCCAGAACGUCAAGAAAGAAGAGCAGAAGAAAAAGCGUCUGCUGAAGAUCAUCAGCGCGCUGGUGUUAGUUUUUGCCAUCUGCUGGCUUCCCUUCCACGUUAUCAAGACCAUCGACGCCCUGUACUGGCUGGAUGUCAUCUCCAUCCACUGCUCGUUAGAUGUAUUCCUCCACAUGGCCCACCCUUAUGCCACUUGCCUUGCCUACAUCAACAGCUGCCUCAACCCGUUUCUCUACGCCUUCUUCGACCAGCGUUUCCGAUCCCAGUGUCUGUCUGUGCUUCGCUGCUCCAGCGCCCCCAAGUGGAUCCCACCGGGCUGGUAGCCCCGAGCGGCGGCACCUGAGGGGUGGGCAAUGACUGCAGACUGAAGAAGCGGCUGUUUGGGUAAACAUGUAUGUUUCUUUUGCUUGUGGCUACAGCUUGUGCUGAAAUCCCGGAUGGAAAGCUGAGAUAUAUUUUAUAAAUAUAGCCUGCUUUUGCUGGUUUACGAUUUGAUAAUGGCUGACAGAAACACACGAAACCUUCACUGUGUAUUUUUGACUCGUGACAAAUCAGGGAUCUAAACGUUAAAAGGACCAGUGACGUUUUAAAAAAAUCGUGCCUGCUUAUUAAUAUUUUGUGACAAAUUCCUCGCCGUGGCUUUGUUCAUGUAACCUCGAGAUCUUGUACUUACACUGUUUCUGAUUUUUAAGUCUCGUCACCUUUGCCUGUCGACACGACUAACCAAUGAUACCCGAAAUAGAUUAUCAGGGAAUACAAGUGACUUAAAAUUAAUCUUAGUUCUCAGUUUUCUGGAGGCUGGCUUCAGACAGUCGAGGAAGUGUGCCGUCUCCUUUGACUGGACGCGUGGAAACAGUACGCACAAAGCACUCUGUGUUUGUGACGGCAGAUGCCAGUCUAGGCUGGGUGACCACACAUGCUGCUCCUGUAAGGCAAAUUAUGCAGUCAAACCUAACAAAGGAGAGAGCUACAGCUUUAAUGUUAGCAUCUGUAUAAUCAGCUGUCAUCCCAAGCAUCCUGAAUAGCUCUAUUUUAUUUUGCUCGGCCGAGAACACGACGGGCCGAACAGCCUCACCGAGCACAAACUUGCGACUCUCGCCUCGACAGUUUCACUGGGGCUCUGCAACCCGUUUAGUACCUCAACCGUGCUUCAAGUUGUAACCUGAAUUAAAAACAAAUGCUGGAAACGUGAGCCUAGUAAAAUAAGGGGAAAAAAACUUAUAAUAAUUUUGGUGGAGACUGAAAGGCAAAUUCCUUUGUAGGAAUGGCUGAAAGAGUGAGGAAUCUCGGAUCACUCUUGUGUGCUCCAUGAGUUACAAAGAGGCAGCUAAUUCCUUAUAGCGGCAUAAUAUUUAAUCAAUCAGCCUUGAGCGUCUUUUAAAUUGUUAAGUUCCACUCAAGAGGGGUGAAGUGGUUAGCACAACGCUUUACUAUACCAGCGACCAGGGUUCAAUUCCUGUCAUUGUCUGUAAGGAGUUUGGACCUUCUCUCCAUAAUCACAUGGGUUUCCUCCAGGUGCUCUGAAUGUAAUGGCUGGUAGGUUAAUUGGUCUCUGUAAAUUGUCCCAUGCUUAGGCUAGGGUUAAAUCGGGGGUCGCUGGGUAGUGUGGCUCCACACUGUAUCUCAAUAAAAUAAAAUAAUAAACUAAAAAGUGCAACAGAUUGUUAGUAGAUCUGUAUCUUGUAAAUGUUUUUUUCCUCUCUUAAUCUGCCUCCUACUUAAACUUUGAGAGUUAAAGACAACAGCGUAGCUCUCAGGUAAAAUAAAAGCAGCUUGUCUGUUGCCAGCUUUGCUAGACCAGGUAUACAGGAGCAGAUGUGAUGGGCUGAAGAGCCUGAUUCUGCUCCUAUAUCUUGUGGCCUUGUGUACCUGGCUGGAGAGAAUGUACAGCCAAAGGUAAAGGUUUGUAUUUUAACAAUGGCAAGAGCUUUCAUUGGAGACCCUACUAACCAAGACAAAGUACACAAUUAACUGCCUGCUUGUGAUUCUCAAUUUGCAUAUUUUGGUCAGAGUUAUAAUGGGGUUCAUUAUUUUAAUGAGAAGAUAAACUAUUUUAAUUUUGUAGUGCCUUCUAGAGCUUUUGUUGUUGCCAAAAUGUUUUGUUACUGCUGAGUUCAGUGGAAACAGCCUUUCAUUUUUGGCUUAAUUAUGAGCAGUGAAGUAUUUUUGAAUUGUGUACCAACUGCAAGUUUUGUGAUUGUAUGAGUUGGUGUGAUCGUUUAUGGUAAGAACCAGUAAGAUACUGGAGAUUCCAUUUGCCAUGAUAUUUGAUAUGGCUACAUAUUGCCUUAUAUUUGUUUAAUAUCAAUUAUUUCUGGACUUUUAUAUCACUGUCAAACUGUGGAUCAGUUUGACAUCUUGUUACAUUUACAACAGUGAGUCUUAUUAUUGUAUAAUGCAUAUCUGUGUCUUCCUACAAAAUAAAACUCUCCAAUUGGAGAAUAAAGCUUCA